UCAUGGUCGAGAAUGUAAAUAUUGAGUGCUAUUGUAUAAACGUAGCAAUUAAAAAACAAAACCUGAGAUAAAAUAGGUUUAAAUUUAUUAAUAAAAAUACUUCUUUAGAAAUUAGACGUUUAAAUUUUGUAACCAUGGUAAAAAAUAAAUUGAGAGAUAAUCAAUUCUCUAAGGAUGAAUUGAUGGUGAUGACAGUAGCCGAAAUAGUUCAAGAAUUGAUCAAAGCUCAUAAAAAUAAUGUUAGUGUCAAUCUAAAUAGAAUAAAAUGUGAAGUAUCAUCAAAAUAUGGACUACAUUCUCAGCCAAAACUGGUCGAUAUUAUUGCUGCUGUUCCUGCUGAUUAUAAGAAAAUCCUUUUACCAAAGUUGAAAGCCAAGCCUGUUCGAACAGCAAGUGGGAUUGCUGUUGUUGCGGUGAUGUGCAAGCCUCAUAGAUGCCCACACAUUAAUAUGACAGGAAAUGUUUGUGUUUACUGUCCUGGAGGUCCAGAUUCUGAUUUUGAAUAUUCAACACAAUCAUAUACUGGUUAUGAACCAACAUCUAUGCGAGCUAUUCGUGCAAGAUAUGAUCCCUUCCUUCAAACAAGGCAUAGACUCGAACAGUUAAAACAAUUAGGGCAUGAUGUUGAUAAGGUUGAGUUUAUUGUCAUGGGUGGAACUUUCAUGUCCUUACCUGAUGAUUAUCGUGAUUAUUUUAUCCGAAAUUUGCAUGAUGCAUUGUCUGGCCAUACAAGUACUAGUGUAGAAGAAGCUGUAAAAUAUAGUGAACGAUCUAAAACAAAAUGCAUAGGAAUAACUAUUGAAACAAGACCUGACUACUGUCUGAAACGUCAUCUUAGUGACAUGCUUAAAUAUGGAUGUACAAGGUUGGAAAUAGGUGUUCAAAGUGUUUAUGAAGAUGUUGCAAGAGAUACUAAUCGAGGUCAUACUGUUAAAGCUGUUUGUGAAACAUUUCAACUAGCCAAAGAUUGUGGUUUUAAAGUUGUUGUUCACAUGAUGCCAGAUCUUCCAAAUGUGGAUUUUGAACGUGAUGUCGAUCAAUUUGUUCAAUUUUUUGAAGAUCCUGCUUUUCGAGCUGAUGGACUGAAAAUAUAUCCUACUUUAGUAAUCAGAGGAACUGGUCUUUAUGAACUUUGGAAGACUGGUCGAUACAAGAGCUAUCCACCUAGUGUUUUGAUUGAUUUGAUAGCAAAAAUUCUUUCCCUUGUCCCUCCAUGGACACGUGUGUAUAGAGUACAGAGAGACAUCCCAAUGCCUCUGGUGAGUUCUGGAGUCGAACAUGGUAAUUUAAGAGAACUAGCUUUAGCUAGAAUGAAAGACCUGGGACUUCAGUGCAGAGAUGUCAGAACAAGAGAAGUUGGAAUACAAGAAAUUCAUAACAAAGUCAGACCAUAUGAAAUACAACUUAUUCGAAGAGAUUAUGUUGCAAAUGGUGGAUGGGAAACUUUCUUAUCUUAUGAAGAUCCUGAACAAGACAUACUUGUUGGUUUAUUGAGACUCAGGAAAUGUUCUGAUGAAACCUUCCGCCCUGAACUUAAAGGAGGUGUCUCUAUUGUCAGAGAACUUCAUGUUUAUGGAAGUGUUGUACCAGUGAAUGCACGGGAUCCAACUAAAUUUCAACAUCAAGGAUUUGGAACUCUUUUAAUGGAGGAAGCAGAAAGGAUUGCAGUUGAAGAACAUGGAGCGAAUAAAAUUGCAGUCAUAUCUGGUGUUGGAACAAGGAAUUAUUACAGAAAAUUAGGCUAUGAGUUAGAAGGACCUUAUAUGUGUAAAAGUCUAAAGCCAAGAAUAGAGUGAUUUCAAUUUAUGUGUAAAAAUUGUAUAGAAAAAAUUUUUAAUAAAAGGGAAUGAGAAUUUGUUCUAA